UGGUCCCUAAUGCAACAACAACCACGACCUUAGCAAAGCCAAGAAACAGAGCAAAGCAAAACCUCUCGAAGAAACUCCAAGACUCCACGACGAUCGUCGAGCCCAUGGCUCCCAACCUGAGCAAGGCGACGGCCGACAUGGUCGGCGACGUGGCAGUGGACGGGCUCAAGCCGUCCUCGCGUUUCACCCUGAAGGGCAAGGACCUUGCCGUUGACGGCCGCCCGACCCUCCUCGACGUCCCCGCCAACAUCCGCCUCACCCCUGCAUCCACUCUCGUCCCCACAGCCGACGUCGCCGGCGGCUGCUUCCUCGGCUUCGACGCGCCGGCGCCGGACAGCCGCCACGUGGUGCCGAUCGGCAAGCUGGUGGACACCCGGUUCAUGAGCAUCUUCCGCUUCAAGGUGUGGUGGACGACCCACUGGGUGGGCACCGCCGGCCGAGACGUGGAGAACGAGACCCAGAUGAUGGUGCUCGACCGCACCGCCGACCGCCCCUACGUGCUCCUCCUCCCCAUCGUCGACGGCGCCUUCCGCGCCAGCCUCCAGUCCGCGGGCGAGGACGACGACAACGUAGCGCUCUGCCUCGAGAGCGGCUCGUCCGUCGUGCAGGGUUCCGUGUUCCGUAGCGCCGUGUACCUGCACGCCGGCGACGACCCGUUCGACCUGGUCCGCCAUGCGGCGCGGGUGGUCCGCGCCCACCUCGGCACGUUCCGGCUGCUGGAGGAGAAGACGCCGCCGCCGAUCGUGGACAAGUUCGGGUGGUGCACCUGGGACGCCUUCUACCUCAAGGUGCACCCGGAGGGCGUGUGGGAGGGCGUGCGGCUGCUGGCCGAGGGCGGGUGCCCGCCGGGGCUCGUGCUCAUCGACGACGGCUGGCAGUCCAUCUGCCACGACGAGGACGACCCCCUCGACGGCGCCGAGGGCAUGAACCGCACCGCCGCCGGCGAGCAGAUGCCGUGCCGGCUCAUCAAGUUCCAGGAGAACCACAAGUUCAGGGACUACAAGGGCGGCCUCGGGCUCGGCGGCUUCGUGCGCGAGAUGAAGGCCGCGUUCCCGACGGUGGAGCAGGUGUACGUGUGGCACGCGCUCUGCGGGUACUGGGGCGGGCUACGCCCCGGCGCGCCGGGCCUGCCGCCGGCCAAGGUGGUCGCUCCCAAGCUCUCCCCCGGGCUCAAGCGCACAAUGGAGGACCUCGCCGUGGACAAGAUCGUCAACAACGGCGUCGGGCUCGUCGACCCGGAGCGUGCGGCCGAACUCUACGAGGGGCUGCAUGCACACCUCCAGGCUUCCGGCAUCGACGGCGUCAAGGUCGACGUCAUACAUCUGCUGGAGAUGCUGAGCGAGGAGUACGGCGGUCGGGUGGAGCUGGCCAAGGCCUACUUCCGCGGUCUGACAGAGUCGGUGCGGCGCCACUUCGGCGGCAACGGCGUGAUCGCGAGCAUGGAGCACUGCAACGACUUCAUGCUGCUGGGCACGGAGGCGGUGGCGCUGGGGCGCGUCGGCGACGACUUCUGGUGCACGGACCCCUCCGGCGACCCCAACGGCACCUUCUGGCUGCAGGGCUGCCACAUGGUGCACUGCGCCUACAACUCGCUCUGGAUGGGCAGCUUCAUCCACCCGGACUGGGACAUGUUCCAGUCCACGCACGCCUGCGCCGCCUUCCACGCCGCCUCCCGCGCCGUCUCCGGCGGGCCCGUCUACGUCAGCGACUCCGUCGGCAGCCACGACUUCGCGCUGCUCCGCCGCCUGGCGCUGCCCGACGGCACCGUGCUGCGCUGCGAGCACCACGCGCUCCCCACCCGCGACUGCCUCUUCCUCGAUCCGCUCCACGACGGCCAGACCAUGCUCAAGAUCUGGAACCUCAACAAGUUCUCCGGCGUGCUCGGCGCCUUCAACUGCCAGGGCGGCGGGUGGAGCCCAGAGGCGCGGCGCAACAAGUGCGCGUCGCAGUGCUCCGUGCCCGUCACGGCGCGCGCAGGGCCGGCGGACAUCGAGUGGAAGCAGGGCAAGACGCACCCCGUCCCUGACGUUGAGAACGCGACUCAGUUCGCCGUCUACUUCGUCGAGUCCAAGAAGCUCGAGCUGCUGCUCCCGGACGAGACGGUGGAGAUCACGCUCCAGCCCUUCAACUACGAGCUCCUCGUGGUGGCGCCCGUGAGUGUCCUCCGUCUCGCCAGUGGUGGUGGCGCUGGGUUCGCGCCCAUCGGGCUCGCCAACAUGCUCAACUCCGGCGGCGCGGUGCAAAGUUUAGAGUCCAGCCCCAAUGGCGGCGAGGUGACAGUGGAGGUGGCCGUCAAGGGCGCAGGGGAGAUGGUGGCUUACUCGUCGGCAAGGCCCAGGCUGUGCAAGGUCGACGGCGAGGAUGCAGAGUUCGCGUACGAAGACGGCGUGGUCACCGUCGCCGUGCCGUGGACCGGGUCGUCGUCGAAGCUGGCCCUUGUCGAGUACAUCUACUGAAUCUCUGAUGAGGAUACAAGGGCUCUGUCGUCCGGAAGCUUUUAUGUCCGGGUCGAAAUAAUAAUUUAUUAGUGGGAGCUUCCAAAUUGUCAUAGCUCGUAAUAGGUUUGUUUACAUUUUGUUUCGUCUCCUGAAGAUUUUCGUGUGCAUGAACAAUCAAUAUAAGUUAAGAUUUUGGUGCAUCCUUGUUCA